CCCACGGUGAUGUUUACCCAUCAUGCAGCUCGGCCCUGGGAAGAUGAGGCAAGAUGGCGACUAAAAUAAGCAAAGACAGUCCCCCUCCUUUUGAUUGUCCAUCAUGGGCAGGCAAACCGCCCCCGGGGCUCCAUCUGGACGUGAUGAAGGGAGACAAACUGAUAGAGAAACUGAUCAUAGAUGAAAAGAAGUACUACCUGUUUGGGAGGAACCCCGACUGGUGUGACUUCACCAUCGACCACCAGUCGUGCUCACGUGUCCACGCUGCCCUGGUCUACCACAAACACCUGAAAAGGGUCUUCCUCAUAGACCUCAACAGCACACAUGGUACUUUCCUCGGACACAUCCGUCUGGAGGCACACAAGCCUCAGCAGGUUCCCAUAGACUCUACAAUAUCUUUUGGGGCCUCAACACGAACCUACACCAUCAGAGAGAAACCCCAAACCCAAGGCACUGCCGGUACAGGGGACAGUAAGACAGGAGAGGAUGAGGAGCUGAAAGGACUGCUUGGGCUUCCAGAAGAAGAGACAGAGCUAGAGAACCUGACAGAGUUCAACACAGCUCACAACAAGCGCAUCUCCCUCCUGACCAUUGAAGAGGGCAACCUGGAAAUCCAGAGGCCUAAGAGGAAACGGAGGAACUCCAGAGUUACUUUUAGCGAGGAGGACUCGAUCAUUAACCCAGAGGAUAUAGAUCCCUCAGUGGGACGCUUUAGAAAUAUGGUGCAGACUGCCGUCAUCCCAAUUAAGAAACGGAGAUCAGAGGGCCAAAAUACCCUGGGUCUUGAUGAUGUGACUUCAAAACGCAUCCAUGGCUACAACUUGGGCGGUGGUCUCUAUGGGGACUUGCCUCCCACCAGUCAUGAGAACCAGCCAACUGGAGCUCCAGGAGGUGCUGCUAUGCAGGGAGGACUUCCUCUGCCCUUCCCUAAUCCAGCACCAGAGGUGGACUUGGCCCCGGAGGCUCCUCUGCCCCCUGUCACCCUCAAUCCCACCCCUGUCACAGCCCCCUAUCUACCAGAGACCCACAAUGAGCCACGCAAGAAGAAGUAUGCCAAAGAAGCUUGGCCGGGCAAGAAACCCACCCCUUCACUACUCAUUUAACCAGAUUCUUAAAGCUGCUGACUCUCAGGUUCCCAGUAGAUACAUCAGGGACUGUGACCUGGCAGAGGUGGAGUCAUUCACUUCCUUUUUUUUUUUUUUUUUUUAUUAUUAUUUUUUUUAUUUGUUGUGUUAACUCAUUGUCAUCACAAAGGCACCACACAAUUUACCUGUGGUGUGUCACAAGAUAUCAUCUACCUUACAAAGUCAGCAGUUGAUAUUUUGAAAGAAAAACAGUUGUCUUGUCGACUGCAAACAAAAUCAACAGACAGAAUUAACAGACUUGGCAGUGAGCAUUUUAGUCCCAGAUUGGCAGUUAAAUAUACUUGUUUGAGUGACAGGCUACAUGGAUAUGAUGGGUUGUCAAGUUACAUUUUCGAUGUGAUGGAUGUUAAUUUUUUUUUUCUACUAAACAUGUUUCAACAGUUUUUUCACUCCUUCAAUAUUUUGAUAAUGCUAUUAAACAAAUGGCAAAUAAAUACUUUUAUAUGAGAUAUUUUACUGUGAGAAGUCAGAGAAUCCAGUCAGUCUGUCAAAACACAAGGCUGCUUUUUAUUUUGAAAACUUGUUGACAGGAUGCGUUUAAUUGUUUUACUCACACACACUCAGAAAAAUUUAUAUUAUCUGUAUUAGACCAACAUGACAUCAAUGAAGUUUCUUGCAUUUGUCCUACAAGCCACUAGAUGGUGACUUGUGCACAAAAGUUAAGAGUUUUCAGUGAGGUUCGGCUGCAAACUUGCUAGUACAAUUGUGUCUUCUACAAUUGUGGCCUCUUGCACUAACCUUGUCCAAAAUCUAUAUGUGGCAACGUGUGAAAGUGGUGUUGCAAACUUCUAGUUAUUCAUUUGGAUUUUUCUGCUGAUAAAAGCCAUUUGCCCAGUUCAAACAGUAUUUUGCUCCUAUUUGUCCUUUAGCUUCUUCUGGUAUAUGUAGUUUUAAAUGAUUGUUGCCUAUUUUUUUCCCAGCACCAGGACACUGGAAGUACAAGGAUUUUAAAGUUUUUAUUAUUUUUAUUAGUUUUUUCUUUUUACAUUUGAUUGUUAAUUGGACUGUUAUUAAUUAGUAACAGAAUAGCAUGGAUUCCAACAAAGUAACAAAUACAGAUCUUGCUGCAAAAUAAAAAGUUAGCGAAAACAGAAAGGUUUGGAUUUAGGAUUUAAUGGUCACGUAGCCUGUUAACAUCUUUCACAUGCAACAGAGUACAGUGCAGUUUAUACAGUAUACCAGUUCACCAUGUACUCCAAGCCAAGUAAAGGUCCCAUGACAUGGUACUUUUAAUUUUGGGGGGCAUUCUUGCUUUUAUUCAAAAAGGUACACAGUACAGAGGUGAUGGGAAAUGAAAGGAGAGAAAGAGGGGCAGUGACCUGCCACAAAGGUCCCCAGUUGUAAUCACACCUGUAACACUAGUUACAGUAGAUGGUAUGCAUUUUAGCCACAAGGCCACCACAAUACCCAUUUGCAUUUCCACUUUAAAGAGGAUGUCAGGUGGGAUAUUAGACCAAGCUAGUAGUUAUGUAAGAAAGGUGGGUUGAGUUAAAAGAACAGGCAGGUGGUCACCCAUGAAGAUGUACUUUUAGAAGAGCAGCUUUCCAUUAAGUUCAAGCCAUUUCAUGGGAUCUUUAAAUAAGUGGAAGGUUGAAGAUCAGAGACCAAAGAAAGAUGAGGUUUUUCAUUUUUACAAACUGUGCUGGAGACUCUUUCCUUGUGGGCCUGUGGGUUUUGUAAUCUUAUGACUGUAAAUAAAAAAUGAAUUACUUUUGAUUCAUAAUUC